AUGGCUCCAGAACGAGGUAGUUUAGCUUCCAAGGAAGCCCCAUCCGCGGCGGCACCCGAUGCCAGUGCAGCAGCACCUGCGGAUGCCAACAAUGUGGCGGCGACAGAGACCCCUGCUGCUGCAGCAGCUGCUGCUGCUGCGAAACCCGAUACGGCCACGGCCCGCGAGGGCUUGUUGGAUGCUGCCGUGUUGGAAUAUCUCAAGAAGAAGGGAAUGGAAUCGGCUGCAUCGGAACUGGGUAAAAUUCUGAAAGAAGAAGGCAAAUCAGACGACAACAAGAAGGGAAUGGAAGAAGACGAUCGAUCCGGGCUCUUGGCCAAGGCUACGGGGGGUGGAUUUGGUUACGAUCGAGAUGCCGCAGCACCGGUGGCUCAUUGGGGAGUGCCAGACACGGCAGCACUCAAAUAUGCCAAAAAGCCAGCCAAAGAUGGGGACCAAAUGGGCUACGAAGAAGCACGGGCCCUGUUGGAUUCCUUUACUUCGUUUCAGCUGUGGGUAUUGAGCCUCCCCGAUCAAGAUGGAGUCCAAUCGGCAGCCGGAAACGCCAUUGCCAAGGCACAAGAAAUGCUUCGACAAGGCAAAAAGGAUGGUAAACCAGCCUCUUUGUCAUCUGUGGUACAAACGUUGACCAACCAACCUGCCGGCAGUUCCACGGAUGAGCUAAAUAAUGCUGCUAUGAGAAAUAAGUCCACAUCACACUACUACCAGUUGCCGCCAUCGGUCAAGCCAGAACUGUUCGCCGUGUCAUUUGCCUUGAUGGUACACACAUACUGUGAGCUGCUCGAAGUGGGCAUGGAGUCCACGGCUCAUGUCCUACGCGACACCUUUCGAACCGUCUACGAGCCAAUGUACGGAAAAGAAAUGGCCGAUCUCUUUCAAUGCGUUUCCACAGAGGACAUGAUGAGACUGAAUUCGCACAAUGCACAGCACAUGGAAUCCCUGGGAACUUUAAAAGGAAUACUCGUACAGGUGGCAAACUAUCAACUCAAACGCGACGAACUCAACGCAUCGGCGACUCAAAUGGACGACGCCACACAGGCGGCCAAAAAGGCCAAACUACAAGAAUACGAUCGGGCGAUUGCCAUGUUGCGGCAAAAGUACAAUGAAGUCAGUCAAAAAGCCAGCAUGCUGUUCAAUAAGAUGCACGAUCUACCAUUCCUUCGACGUGCUCGAGCCGUCCGAUGGCAAUUGUCCCUCUCCACCACAACCCACAGUCUCCUGGCGGCCUUUUUAAACGCCAAUGAUACCUCGCUGUUGGCCAUGAAUACACUGCUACAAACCAAAUGUGAAUUGCACGUCGAACAAAGGGACCCUCUCGCAUAUACGCCGGCGUGUGUCUUGGACGACAACAUGGACGUCGACGGGGAAACGACUCUGAAACUCAACAAGUCACAAAUCAGUUGGGCGGCUCCCAUGGUACGCCAAGAUAUGGAUGCUCACGCCAGCGACAAGUUGGCGUUUCCAAAAUUCCAAUUGGAUAAAGAGUACAGCGACAGUGCCGUGGCACAAAAGGAAAAGGAAUUGGUGGAAUUCAACCGGGCGCUCUUGGUGAAUGGAUUUCGCCGUUUGGAGGCGUUGGAACGAAAACAGGAAUACGAAGUCCUGCCAGAAUUGAGAAUUCUCAAGGAUGACCCCAAUGACACCAUUCAAAGACGUGAAUGUGCCAACCCACUGGAACCAACCAUCCUCUUGUCAACAAUUUGUUGCACUGCCGGAGUGGGAACCACCACAAGGAGAUCUUUGGUACAGGGAUCUUCCUCCUCGUCCAAUCGAAGCAGCAACUACUUUGACAAAACGACAGCCAUGUGGGAAGAAGCCGGAAUUGGACUUUGUUGUGCCAAGAUUUGUCCACCGGAUGGGCGACAAAUCGCAGUGGGGUGUGAUGACGCAGCAGUUCGCAUCUAUCACAAGCAAGGAGAGGACGAUGGUGAAGAACCCGAGCAAGUCUUGUUGGGCCACAAGAAUGGCUUUCCAGUCUUUGACUUGUCGUGGAAUCGAGACGGACGAUCCUUGCUCAGUGCAGCUGGAGAUGGCACGGUGCGGUUAUGGGACACUCGCGCCACUGGCACCUUUGGAACUCCCAAAGCGUCUGGCAGAGAGUCCAGUUCGUCACGUUCUAGCACCAAGGGAGGAAUGAACGUGCCCAAGGCAAAAAAAGAGGAAUCCGAAUCCGUCAGUGGGGCUGCACUGGCAGUGUAUCGAGGGCAUGCACCGUCUACACCUGUCUGGUCUGUAAGCUUUUCACCGUGUGGCUACUAUUUCGCAACGGCUGGUGCCGAUGCCACCGUUCGACUCUGGACAACGGACAGAGAAGUCCCCUGCCGGUUGUUCACAGGGCAUACGUCAAUGAUCGUGAAUUGUGCGGACUGGAAUCCCAAUUGCAACUAUAUCAUUUCGGGUUCCGAGGACAAAACGGCACGGCUUUGGGACAUUCAUUCAGGCCGUACAGUGAGAUUAUUGAACGGAUGCUCGCUUGGGAUCACGGCUGUAAAGAUAUCUCCUUGCGGAAAAUACGCAGCCGGGGCUGACUCUGGUGGCGAUAUCCAUAUUUGGGACGUUGGAACCGGCAAGAAAGUGACCGAGUUCCGCAACAAACGAGCAGCAGACAGAGACAGACCAACCAGUAUGAUGCAUGCCAUGUCUUUCAGUGCUUGUGGUUCCAGCUUGGCUGUGGGUGGUGACAAUUGCUGCGUUAGAAUCUGGGACGUCCGUCGGGAAUCUUUGGAAGCAUAUCCAGUGGUUGAAACUCCGAUCAAGAGUUACCCCACCCGACAAACUAUGAUCAUGGACUUGAAAUAUUCCAGUCGAAACCUCCUUUUGUCCGUUGGCAAGUACAUUGCUCCAGUGCCGUCGCCGGUAAUGAUCUCUGAUUAG